UCGGGACUUCCUGGAGACGGCGGGAAGGGGAGUGGAGCUGUCAGGCGAUUUGAACACGCGGAAACUCGCUGGGUUUGACGGCGAUAAGCGGGGACUGGAGCGUGUCAGUGGGCGUGGGCAGGGGGGCAGCUGGCGUUGAACGAGUGCGGAAGCGGCGCCUUUGAGAGCUGUCGGUGUGUUCCCCCGGGGGGCAGGAACAGGUGAAAACUGGCCCAGGUGGCAGGAGCGGCGGCGACAGCCGGUGUCACGGCAGAAACCGGGCAGGGCCAGGCCAGCGGAUUGUAAACAUAGAACCGAGGUUUCGCCACGUCACGGAAAGUCCUGCCAGCCGCUGCUCUCCACGUUCUUCCUGCGCCAGAUUUGCCUUUACGUUGCAUAUGUUUUCCCUUCUAAUUUGUUUUUUAAAAAAGUAACUUUGAUUUUUCUUUUGGCAUCCAGAUAUUGAGACGGUCUUAAAGAAUCUUUUCUGGGUGUAUAUUUCGAUUUUGCGAACAGCAUUACCUGUAAUCGAAUCUAGUAUUUAACACCUUAUUGAACCAGAAGACCACUUAAUUUUAAGUGUCGUAGAUCAAAGCUGUAGGCGUCGUUGCUACAGUGUCAGUGUUAUUCUAAGUGAGGAUUUUGGGUGGGGUACCAUCCUUUUUCUUUUAUGCUAAGCCCUUUUUUCCUUUUGAGACCACAGUUUUUGAGAACCUGUACUAUUUGCAACUAGUGCAGUUUAUAAUACAGGAGUCAAAAUUGGAACUUGGGGGAAAAUUAUAUUUAGUUUUUUUCCCCAAUAUGGACAUGACUUGAUAGGCAGCUCUUCCCCGUUGACAUUUACCGAUGGUCAACACUGAUAAUUUUCCCAGCAAAGUGAAAAGUAAUCCAAAACAAGUCAGUUUUUUCCCCCAGUUUUGAGGUACGUUACCUCCUCUAAAUAAUUAAACAUGACUGCUUCGAACUGGGGCCUCAUCAUGAACGUGGUGAACAGUAUCGUGGGAGUCAGUGUACUCACCAUGCCAUUCUGCUUUAAACAGUGUGGAAUUGCACUGGGUGUUGUGCUGCUCCUCUUCUGCUCCUGGAUGACUCACCAGUCCUGUAUGUUCCUGGUGAAGGCAGCAAAUACGAGCAAGCGGAGGACAUAUGCUGGUCUUGCUUUUCAUGCCUAUGGAAAAGCAGGCAAAAUGCUGGUUGAAACAAGCUUGAUUGGCUUGAUGUUGGGGACAUGCAUUGCUUUUUAUGUUGUUAUCGCUGAUUUAGGAUCAAAUUUCUUUGCUCAGUUGCUUGGACUUCAGGUAACGCAAGGAUUCCGUGUGUUCUUGCUGUUUGCUGUUUCUGUAUUUAUAGUGCUGCCAUUGAGUUUACAGAGGAAUAUGAUGGCUUCCAUCCAAUCCUUCAGUGCUAUGGCUUUAAUAUUCUACACGCUCUUCAUGUUUGUGAUUGUGCUGUCGUCAUUUAAACACGGUCUCUUCAGUGGUGAGUGGCUGAGAAGAGUUGGUUAUAUUCGCUGGGAUGGAAUAUUUCGAUGCAUUCCCAUCUAUGGCAUGUCAUUUGCCUGUCAAUCUCAAGUGUUGCCGACUUAUGACAGUUUGGAUGAACCAUCUGUGAAAAGAAUGAGUACUAUCUUCUCAUCAGCCCUCAAUGUUGUUAAUACAUUUUACAUGACUGUUGGAUCUUUUGGCUAUAUCAGCUAUACUGAUAAUAUUGCUGGGAAUGUUAUGAUGAACUUCCCCUCCAACAUAGUCACAGAGAUGAUUCGUGUAGGAUUUAUGAUGUCUGUUGCUGUGGGGUUUCCUAUGAUGAUUCUUCCUUGUAGACAAGCUCUGAACACUUUUCUCUUUGAACAAUUGCAGCAGAAAGACGGCACUUUUGCUGCAGGAGGUUACAUGCCACCUUUGCGGUUUAAGCUCAUUACAGCAGCGAUAGUGUUUGGCACAAUGUUGGGUGGAAUUCUCAUUCCUAAUGUGGAAACUAUCCUUGGAUUGACAGGUGCUACCAUGGGGAGUCUUAUCUGUUUUAUUUGUCCAGCCCUUAUCUACAGAAAAAUUCAGAAAGAUGGUUUCUCUGCACAGAUUAUUCUCUGGACUGGUCUCAUUAUUCUGGUGAUCAGCACAUUUUCCACUUUGUCUGCAACAAAUGACAAGCUUGUAACACCUGAAAAGCCACUUCAAGACAUUAACCCUGAGAAGUUACAAAAUGACAUUAAUGCACAGCAGAAAAUCUCAGCUCAAAACAUUGUGAUUAAGGAAGCGAACGAUGAUAGAGACCGUCCAAAAUUGGAGAAAAAUAUUGUAGAACAACCUCAGAUAAAGGUCCCAAUAGAGCCACAAGAAGAUAGGAACAACAAAGGCGAGGAAGUCCAGCUGGAUCGCCCUGAUCAAGGUGUUGCUCAUCCUGUUGGAGAGGCUCAUCGACACGAACCACCUAAUCCACACGAUGAGGUUAUUGUUGAUGAAGGUAUGGAUGGUGAUGAAUCGAACGAAAAGAAACUACCUAUGAUAAAAGCCGAGCAGGCAAAUGAUGUAAAGGAAGGUGCCAAAAUAAAUUCUAAAGAAAAGGAGACAAAAGAAUCAAAAGAGGAAGCAAAGAUUAAUCCUGGAGGAAAAGAACAAGGUGAAAAAAUUGGAAAUGGUAUCAAUAAUCCCAGAAAUGCACCAGAAGUUAAAUCAGAUCAGAAGGAGCAGCCAGCCAAGGUGGACGUGGAGAUGAAUGUGAAAGGUGUAGUGCCUCAAGUAGGUGUAGAAAAACACCCACAAAAGAUGGACAAUCAUGGCCAAGUUCCUGGAAACGAUGAUUCAGUGAUUCAUAAUCAAGGAGGAAUGGUAGAAAACAUGAACAACCAAGAAUUUAAAAAUGACAACAAGAAAGAUCUGCCAUCUUUGGAAAAAGUUGUUGCAGCUGGAGAGCCACAGCUACGCAUCAGAGAUGAGAGAGAUGGUGAAAAUGCAGUUGCCGAAGUAAAGCCAGAUGGAGAAAUAGCAGAGGGUGAAGGUAAACACAUGGACCAUGUAGCUUUACUGAAUGUGAUUAAAGAGCAGCAGGAACAGCAGAAGCGACUGUUGGACCAACAGGAGAAACUACUGGCUGUCAUUCAGGAACAGCACAAGGAGAUCCACCAGCAAAAAAAUGAUGAGGAGGACAAAGGACUGCAAGACAAUGAAAAACUUGCGAAAGAGAAAAUAGAUCAAGGGAGUGAAGAUCGGGUAAAACACGUCGAGGCUAUCAAUGAACAAAAGGCAGAGAAAUCUCAUGUAAUCAAUGCUGGUUUGAAGGGAGACGCCCCUAAAUUUGAUCAAAAUUUGCCGGCAGCUGAUCACAAAAUGGAUAAUGUUGACCCAAAGCUCAAAGCUCAGCACAGUGCCCUAGAAAAUCAGGAUCAGGUUCAUAAUUCUAAGCAGGAUGCGGAAAUUAACAAUGAAGCUCAUAAGGCUGCCCCAAAACUGAAAGAUGGAAUCAAAGAAAUUGACCGAAACAUUGGGGCCCCAGAACUACUGAAAAGAAAUGUUGGUGAAAAGAUGGUAGUUAAGAAUGAUGCUGGAGUUCCUGAAGCAGCAGCUAAAUCUGCCCAAGAGCAUGAAUUGAGAAAUCCAAACAUUCCCUUAGAAAAUGGGGUCAGAGCUCAACGGAAAGAAGCUGAAGCUGGGGAUCAAAAUCUGAAGAUCCCAGAUAAAGAUACAAGGUUCAAUGUUGAAGUAAAAUCAAAAAAUGAUGCUCAUGGCUUUGAAGUGAAAAUUGAGCCCAAUUCUUUAAUAGAAAAACCAGGGCAAGAUGAGAAGAAUGAAAAAGUGCAAGUUGAAGUUAAGAAUGUAUAUGAGAGAAAGGAUGAUCAUCCAGUUGGAAACAUGGAAGAUGGGAAGGACAAAAUUGAGCAUCCAGUGAAAGCAGCUAAAAUUCCAAAAAAUCCAGAAGAAAAUCUUAAUGUCAGAGCACAGGAAUUUGACAAAAUAAAAGUUGAAGAGGAUUCUUUGAAAAAUCACAAAAAAGCUUUAGAUGAUCAGAUGCAGCCAGACCCAAACAUUGUGCCACAACACAAGGAAAAGAAUCCAGGCCAUAAAAAUGGUGAACCGUUCAAAGACCUGAAAGUUGAUGGAGAUGGUGAUCUACGCAGAAAAAAGAGGGACCUGAGGUCACAAAUGGACGAAGGCCAUCAGGAUAAUGGAAAUAAACUGAUCAUCAACCUUGAUCCAGUGCCAAACUUUAAAACAGAUAAUCUCCGAGGUGCACUGGAAAACCAGCUGAAACAGGCAGCCGAAGGGUCAUUCCAGAUAGUUCAGAUUCGAAAGAUGAAACAAGUGAGCAGUACUGAAAGUGAUACAUGAUUUUUGUCUGUAGUCCAGAGAACUUAUUAGGGUUCAGACAAAAUAUUUCUUGGUUGGUAUACUAAGAUUCCUUUGUGUGCCACCUGCAGCUUAUAGUGUCCCAUCUGCAUUGUAUUGCGUGAGUGAAGUCAACGUACAACAAAUCACAAUAGGAUUUUAAGAAGCAUUUUAAAGUAAUUCAGAAAAAACAGCUAUUGGAAUUUGGUUCUCUGCUAAUUUGGAAUUGUAAACAAGGAGGUUAAUCAAUGAUUGCAUCUGGAUCAUUUGAUUAUUGGAAGGGAGUGGAUAAUUAAGGAAUUCUAAAAGUGUCUGAAUUAUAGAAAAAUUCAAGUCCUGUUGUUCUGUACAUCUAUUACUAGAAGCCACCAAAAAUGAGUAAAAAAUGUACUGUGCAGCUUAUUGGAAUUGUGACAACUAAAUGUACCAUUGAUUGUAUGAAGGCCGCUUCCAAAUCUUUGAAAUGCAACUAAACUACCCAAUUCCUAGUGUCUUCAGUUUCCUCUCAGGGACGGCAAGCUGGUUCAACGUAAACAGCAAGCUUUUCUUAUUGGAUGUUUCUAAAUGGAUAUUCAUUAGGGCAAUUGAUUGUAUAUUUUAAUAUAAAAUAAUUUGUGAUUAGUGCCUAUUUUUUUACAUGUGUGCACGAGAAAGUUACCAUCUAAACUCUGAGAUACAAAUUUUAUGGCUGAAAUAUCAAUAGUUGAUUUACGACCUUUCCUUUCCUGCUAAAAUAAACUAAUUCAGAUCACAUUUUAUGCUUUAAAAUGUGCUCGGUUCUCUAUUAAUCCAUUGUGCAUUGAAUUUUAUAAUUGCUACCCUAUCAUAACUUUGGCAUUCUGAAAAGCUGAUAAAUUAUUUUACAAGAGUUAUUUCCAGUGUUUUGAAUUAAUUGUGUGUUUUAUGGUGGGCGAAAGGUGCAAUAUUUAAUUGUAGCCUUUUUAUCUAACUCUCUCAGCACACCUGUAGGCAAGGUAUGUAGGUCAGCCUUUAUGCCCAGAAGGAGGAAAUGUAUAUUUUAAAUAAUAAUCCAGAAUAAGUUCCUGAACAAUGCAUUAUUUAUAUAAAGAAACACUUUUCUUUGUAUACUUUUCUGAAGAACUAACUUUUGAAAACUGAUUAUGUAAUUGUUCUCUGGCUGCCAAUUCUAUUUAGAAUUUAAGAACUGAGUUCUCAAUUCUUGACUAUUUUCCAUACACAACGGGCAUCAUCUCAAGGGUCAGUCAGCAUUGGAAUAUGAGAUGUCUGUAUUCACUCCAUAGAAUUGCCUUAAGACGAAGUAGAUACAGUACCAAGUUUCUUUUUUCUCAUGGGGCUAGGAGAUGGUAUCUAAAUAUUCAUAUUUUUGAUGUAAUUAUAUGAAUGCAAGCCUGGAAUUAUUUGCAUUGAAUUGGGUGGAUGAUUCAAAUAAUGCCAUGUUAGCACUACCAAUAAUUGUUCCCAUUUACAGGCUUUUCACGGAUGUAUUUUUUUUGUCUGAAUGUGUCUAAUUUAAAGAUCUAUGUUCAAAGUUAUAUAAACUCGGCACAUUUGUAAAUAAUAGUAUUAAAACAGAUGGUAUGAUAGAUUCUAUAUAGGGUUCAGAACAGUCAGUAAUUUUUUUCAAUUUCCAGAUCCUUGUUAGAAUAUCAGUUUUAUUUAUGGAAACUGAUCAGGGAAGAGAAGCAGGUUAUUUAUAAUGGCUGACAUUAAUGUGGCCUAAAUAUAAUUAUUUUUGCAAAUAUUUUUAAGCCACAAAAAUCUUCCAAUGACUUAACUUUCCAUUCUGUCAACAUAUGAUUGUUAGGUAAAUUUUUCUUAAACUAUUUAUUACUCAUUUAUUAAUUGCUGUCUUUCAUUACCAAUGCUACAAGGAAUCAAAGGUUAAAAUCAUCCAUGUCCCAUGAGUAAUGUUUCAUUUCCUAUGUGUCUUCAUUUGAUGCAUGAGUUUCUGUAUCCUUUUGCAACAUUAUAAUGCUGUAAAUGUUACAAUUUUUAUACAAAUAAUAUUCUGUUAGUUUAGUUAUACAUACUGCAACAUUUCAGAGAAAUGGAUGGUCUGUACUCAGACCUUGGAUAGUGUUCCUUAAGCUCCCUAUGGGAAACAAGCAGAAAUGAUUAUUGUCUUACCAUCUGAGUUCGUUGUUUCUUGUAGAUAAGUGCCUGAGUUCCACUUGUUGCCUUCUCUUGAGGUGCUGUUAGUCUAUGAACCAAUAUAUGGGAGGUGAAUACCAUACUACUUCCUGUAGCUCUUACCAAGUACAUUUUUCUUGCUGGAAAUAGUUGAAUCCAAUUUCCAAAUUUAAAUAUCAAUGUUUAUCACAUUUUCUACCUUGGUUGUUUUCAUCUGACUGCCGUCCAGAGUUAAAAAGAUGGCAAACACUGAGCUAGUUUUUUUAAAAAAAAAGCUAACGCUUUGGGUCAGUAUUUACUGUACAUUAACUGCAUCUGAGCUUCAUAAAGUUGAGAUGAAAGUGAAUUUUUCACAUUCCUCCUGGAAGUUAUUUACAUUGUAUCUAUCUUUCUGACAUUUUCAUCCAUUGCAGGUUUUAAAAUAUUACUUAUUGUGCUGUUAUUUAAUACUUCCCUAAUACUUGUGGUCAGAUCUUGUGUAAGCCUGUCAUCAUUUUGCUAAUGUUUGAAGUGCUAUUGCUCAGUUAAUUCAGGAUGUCCUUCAUCAGUUCACCUUUGCAUUUGAAAAAAGGAUGGAUUAAGUUUUAAGUGCAAAAAGCAACAUAAGUGAAAGUGAACUAAACCAUUGACAAGUCAGAAAAUUUCACUGAUGAGAGUCCAAGAUAACAUUCCAAAUGAAUAUUAACUACAGAUGGAGAAGGAAAUGGAACACACAGAUACAUUGUUGUAAUGUAAAUGGUUGGCUUAUCAAUAAAGUGCAAUUA